AGCAAGCAAUCCAUCUGACGUGACUGACGUUCACUAUUGGACGAAGACAAUUUUCCGUCAAAGGCGCACGUUAGAUGAAUAUAAUAAUAUACCACUACCAUACUACUCGUAUCGGAGCUCCAUUUUACCGUGCGCUCAUCCUCAACAGAUUUUUUUAGUUCUGAUAUCUGAGUGAAGCGGACGAAAGAUACACGCGCGCCACAAUCAUUACAUGUACAUAUACACAAAUCAUUCUCCGAUUUUCUCUCUCUAGAAUUCCCUUACACACUCUCUCUCUCUGCCUUUUCCUUUUUCCGGUUUCGUGUGUUUGGAGGUGAGAGAUGGGGAGCUCGCUGAGUUACGAGUUCGGACUGAGUGUGUGGCGAGCUUCCCGGCUGCUCGAUGUUCACUCGGUGGUCGGAGGCUGCGGAUUUUGCUCGUAGCUUUGGGGUUUGACUCUGGGUGAAACCUAGCCGUUGGAUUGGUUUUGUGACGAGAUUUGUAGAUCUGAGCCGUUCGGAUUUUGUCGGUGAUGUUGCAGCUCCAUAAUUUGCGCUUUUUCGUCCGGGGCAGCGGGUUGCUAUUGGAGGCUCGUUGGUGCCUCUUAAAACAGUUGCUUCUGUUGUGUUCUUUAUUAUCCUUCACUGAUGCUAAUCUACGUAACAAGAUAUUGAAAAGAGAAGCUCUAUCACCAACUACCACAAUUUUUGAUGCCCCUGCCAUGACAGAACUGUCUCUACCUUCCAAUCUGCCUUCGUUCCACAAACAUCACCAUAAUCAUCUCAGCCCUCAUGGUGCACCUGCUCAACCUCCUAAUUUUGGUCAUUUUGAGAUUUCUACUCCUCCUUCUAGCUCCGGUUUGUCCAGACCUUCAAUGCAGAAGAGUGGAUCAGUGCCUCCGAGCAAUCCACCUCCACAUGUUUCAGAGAUUGCGCCACCUCAACCUGAACCUAACACCAUGCCUACUGGUUUAGCUCAGCCGCCAUUAUCUCCCAGCUUCUCUAGUUGUUGUGGACCAGACAUGGUACUCAAACGUGAGAGCCAGGGCUGCCAUUGCGUGUAUCCAAUAAAGCUGGAAAUUCUCCUUUUGAACGUCUCAUCCAAUCCGAACUGGAAGCUUUUUCUAGAGCAGUUUGCUUCACAGCUUGGUCUAAGAGUGUCACAGAUUGAGCUCAUUAACUUUUAUAUUGUUGGAAUAUCUGGUCUGAAUAUAUCAAUGGACAUUACCCCACAUACGGGUAUGAGUUUUUCUUCCAUUGAAGCUGCAGGAAUAAACUCUUCAUUGUCAACGCACAGGGUCCGUCUGGAUCCUGCAUUAGUGGGUGACUACAAGCUUCUCAACAUAACCUGGUUCAAACCGCCCUUACUGCCUCAAGCUCCAAUUUCCGAUACAGCGCCAUCAGAAGCGCCGCCCAAUCUUCCAUCAAGUCCUUCUGCACUGGCCCCUUCAAAGAAAGUUAAACAUCCAAGUUUGAUUCUUGUCAUUGGACUUGGAGCUGUGAUCCUGAUAAUUGCUGUCAUCACUGUGGUUAUGCUUUGUUUCUGUGUAUCUCGCCAAGAGAAGCAUAUUAUUGAACCUAUCAAAGAAACUGCAAAACAAAGGAGUUUGGGAACAGUUCCAGCAAUGGGAUCGAUUCACCAUCCAACCAGCACACGGUUUCUCACCUAUGAAGAACUGAAAGAGGCUACGAAUAACUUUGAGACAACUAGUAUUCUUGGUGAGGGUGGCUUUGGGAGAGUAUUCAAGGGUGUAUUAAGUGAUGGAACUGCCGUUGCCAUAAAGAGACUAAGCAGUGGUGGACAACAAGGGGAUAAAGAGUUCUUAGUUGAGGUUGAGAUGCUCAGUAGGCUGCAUCACCGUAACUUGGUGAAACUUGUCGGAUACUACAGCAAUCGUGACUCCUCACAGAACCUACUUUGUUACGAGCUUGUUCCAAAUGGAAGUUUGGAGGCUUGGCUCCAUGGGCCAUUGGGACUAAACUGCCCUCUUGAUUGGGACACAAGAAUGAAAAUUGCUCUUGAUGCUGCACGAGGACUUGCUUACUUGCAUGAGGACUCGCAACCUUGUGUCAUUCACAGAGAUUUUAAGGCAUCGAAUAUAUUGCUUGAGAACAACUUUCUUGCCAAAGUUUCAGAUUUUGGCCUCGCAAAACAGGCCCCUGAAGGCAGGACAAACUACCUCUCCACCCGUGUUAUGGGAACUUUUGGGUAUGUCGCCCCCGAGUAUGCUAUGACCGGGCACCUGCUGGUGAAGAGUGAUGUUUACAGUUAUGGUGUGGUUCUUCUUGAGUUGUUGACAGGAAGAAAACCUGUAGAUAUGUCGCAGCCUUCAGGCCAGGAGAACCUUGUCACCUGGGCUAGGCCAAUACUAAGAGAGAAGGAUCGAUUGGAAGAACUUGCUGAUCCAAGACUUGAUGGCAAGUAUCCAAAGGAAGAUUUUUUCCGAGUGUGCACCAUUGCUGCAGCGUGUGUGGCCCCAGAUGCUAGCCAACGACCUUCUAUGGGGGAAGUGGUGCAGUCUCUCAAAAUGGUGCAACGUGUUACAGAGUAUCAAGAUUCUGCAGUGGCCUCCAACACUGCACCCAAUCUUAGGCAGUCAUCUACAACCUUUGAGUCGGAUGGAACGUCAUCGAUUUUUUCUUCUGGUCCUUAUUCCGGCUUUAGUGCCUUGGAUACUGAUAACAUCAACAAAACAGCUGUAUUUUCCGAAGAUCUUCAGGAAGGACGAUGAUCCCAUCUUUCUUUUUUCUUUCUUUUUGGUCAAGUGUUUAUUCUAAUGUCACCGGAGCUUCUUGAUCAACAAUGCGGGGCUUGGGAGGGUUGAUAAAAGUUCUGUUGGCUUUGUCUUGGUUGGCAUGGGGAUUUCUAAGUAAUUGUGCUCUUGGUUUUGUCCAUCCCAUGUAGAGAAAGGCUUGGGAUUCAGAUUCCCCAGUGUAGUGAGUGCUUAUUCUCUGCAUGUUGAGAUGAGACGUUGUAUAUAUAUAUAUUGAUUUGACUUUGUCUAAGGUUUAGCUAUGCUGUUGAUUGACUAGCAUCAUUUGAUGUCUUUCUUUCUUCAUUCAAAUUGGCGUAGCUCGACUUAUUAUCCUAUUUAUUCGGAUUUCAGCAA